UAUGUGUGAAGAGGAAGCGCCAGGCGCGAGGUGAACCACCAAUCAGUGCACAGAGCUGAUACACGCGCAGCGCAGCAGCGACGCUCACGAGCUCUUUACCAGCGUCCGGUCAGUCAGCGUCACUCUGGAGAGGUAGUGCGAUCCUCGGCAGUGUUCUGAGACUGCACUAACUGCUCCGGUCAUUACUGCAAAUGAGAAUGGACAUUACGGAGGGCAAAUAACUAAAUAAAGGCAUUUGUGAGAAAGAAGACGUUUUAACUCUUUAAAAACAUUUUUUUUUUAGGAAAAGUUAAGUGAAUUCAUUUUACGCAAGACAAAGUUGUCUUCAGCAUAGGUGCAUCAUGACAGCCGAGAGAGAGAAAAAAAGGCAUCCUUCAGAAAGGCGCAAGGAAAAGUCCCGUGAUGCAGCGCGCUGCAGGCGCAGUAAAGAGACAGAAGUGUUCUAUGAGCUGGCCCAUCAGCUGCCGUUACCCCACAGCGUCAGCUCCCACCUGGACAAAGCCUCCAUCAUGAGACUAGCUAUCAGCUUCCUGCGCACACGCAAACUCUUCAACUCAGGCUGCACAGUCCAGCAAACCCGGUCACAGGAUGACAGCCAGAUGGACAGUCUAUAUCUGAAGUCUCUGGAAGGCUUUGUCGCCGUGGUAACAUCAGAUGGAGACAUGAUAUUCCUUUCAGAAAAUGUCAGUAAAUUUAUGGGCCUUACGCAGGUAGAGCUGACAGGCCACAGCAUCUUUGACUUCACGCACCCCUGCGAUCAUGAAGAAAUCCGAGAGAAUCUCAGUGUAAAAACAGGACCUGUGUAUGGCAGAAAAGGGAGAGACAUGAGCAUGGGCAGAGAUUUCUUUAUGAGGAUGAAAUGUACGGUCACCAAUAGAGGUCGUACUGUCAAUCUCAAAUCAGCCAGCUGGAAGGUGCUGCAUUGCACGGGGCAGCUCCAAGUGUGCAGCAGCCGCCCCCCUCAAGUCCUGUGUGGGUUUUCAGAGCCACCCCUCACUUGCGUCACUAUGCUGUGCGCGCCGAUUCCACAUCCCUCAAAUGUCGACACACCUCUCGACAGCAAGACGUUCAUGAGCAGACACAGUAUGGACAUGAAGUUUAUCUACUGUGAUGAGAGAGUAAGCAGCCUGAUCGGGUAUAGGCCUGAGGAACUUCUUGGCCGUUCGGUGUAUGAAUUCUGCCAUGCUUUGGAUUCUGAAAGCAUGACAAAGAGCCACCAAAAUCUUUGUAAUAAGGGUCAAGUGGUGAGUGGCCAGUACAGAAUGCUAGCCAAGCACGGGGGCUACGUUUGGAUGGAGACCCAGGCGACUGUCAUCUACAACAAUCGCAACUCCCAACCACAGUGCAUCAUCUGCAUCAACUACGUCCUGAGUUCUGUUGAGGAGCAGUCCGUCAUCUUCUCCCUGGAUCAGACAGAGUGUCUGUUCAAGCCCUACCACAUGCGUAACACGGGAGAACUGUUCAACCAGCGUGGAGCUUCCUCCGUUUCUGAAGCUGAGGACAUUCUUUUCACUAAGCUCAAGGAGGAACCUGAGGAGUUAGCUCAGUUAGCCCCAAUGCCAGGAGACGCCAUCAUUGCCCUGGACUUUGAUAGGCCAGAUUUUGAAGAACAGACUUUCUUCUCCAAGUCCACCAAGCUUCCUGUGGUGGCACCGUCGUGGGUUGUGGACACGCCGCCUGAUGGCAGUCCUGAUAGAAAACUGUGCAACAUGCCGGCCACCUUCACCAGACCCCAGGUGCCUCCUGCGGGCAAAUGCACGCCCUGUUCCACACCCUGCUUGAGCGGCCGCAGCAGCUGUUCUACACCUAGCAGUCCAGUAGAUUACUGUGGCAAUGGAGAGUGUGAUCUGAAGGUGGAGCUAACGGAGAAGCUAUUCGCCCCUGAAACUGUAGCAACAAAUCCCACAGACUCCAGGUUGGACCUGAGUGAUCUGGACCUGGAGACUCUUGCUCCAUACAUCCCAAUGGACGGUGAGGACUUCCAGCUGCACCCCAUCUGCCUGGAGAAGCCGGUGUCUGACACAGGUCCAGGCCUGAGCACAGCCUUCAGGCACAGCUUCAGUAGUGUAGCUGACCUCUUCCAGCCCCUGGGUCCAUUCCCUCCUGACAACAAGAGCAGCACUAACACAUGUCCGGACACGGCUCAUGUGCAGCCUUACCAAACCACACCAAAUGUGCCGCUUUCCUCUAAGGAGGGUGGACAGAUUGUUCAGUGGCCCCCUGACCCACUCUCACAGUAUGAAUGUACAGAUAUUAGAUGCAUGGAUGACCGAAGCACAGCAGAUCUAGGACAACCAUGCAAUUUCAGCACUGCACUACCACAGCAAAGAUUUUUUGAGAGCUUUGCCCCUUUACAGAAAGGCAUGAGUGUGGGUCAGAUAGCUCUAGUCAACAACUUCAAACGGAAGAGGCCGUCCGACUUUAGUUCAUCAUGCUCUUUCACUGAUAUUCCAAAGCAGGUGGUAGCUCCUCACAAGUCUGCAAAUGGAAUGCAAAAAAGGAUGAAGACGAUGAACGUCGACGGAUGCGCCUUCUCUGUCAGAAAGUCUCUCAGCACAAGUGUGCUAACAGAUACAUUUCCAUGCAUGCAAAGUGGAUUGGUGGCUCAUCACGGCUGCAAUCAGCCUCUCAAAAGAAGCUCCGAGGAUCCCAAACAGCAUUUCCCAGAGUCAUUCAGCUUUCCCAGUAACAGACAAUAUGACAUGAUGCCUCCACGCAGACACACAGGCAUGAUAAGUCAACUGUUGGGCCCAUCGUUUGACUCUUACUGUCUGCCAGAGCUGACCCGAUAUGACUGUGAGGUAAACGUACCUCUACAGGGAAACCUGCAUCUGCUUCAGGGCUGUGACCUCCUGAGAGCUUUGGACCAGAGCACAUAGACCCAGAGCGUCUUCAGUGAUCCAUUCCCCCAUCUUUACCUAUAUAUGCUGUUGUCUUUUAUGCGUGUAUCAUCAGCCUUUAUUUGGACGUAUUUGUACAUUUUCCUUUAAGACGUGUAAUGUUUUAAUAUGUAUUUGGAAAAUCUGAUUGUUACUUGUUGGAAAUGUGUUCAGAUGUCCAUUAUUCUGUGCUAUCUCAAACUCUAAUAGUGUCCUGUGCCUUCAAAUGCUAAGUGUUCUUAACGUUUAUGGUCAGAUUUACCAGAUGUUUCACUGUUGCAAAGAUAUAUCUCAACUAACUAGAAUAUAUACAAUAAUAUAUACUGUAUGUAGUUUAAAUGGUAGUUUUAUUUAAUUCAGCUUGGAAUACAGCUACUGUGUUUGCAUAAAUCAACGACGGCGAACUGUUUUGCCAAUAUAUUGCAUUAAACAUUUGCUUCGAGUUUGUACCAGCAACAAAUGUGGCAUAAAACUGUGUAGCUCAGAAACAUGUCUGUUUUCCCAUUUAGCAUUUUAGUACUGUAUUCUGUUUCACACAGCCAUUUGCACCACGCUCUUCCGUCACUUGAUCUUUUAUUUUGGUGCGUCACUCUAUUAAAUUACUUAGUAUAUGAAACCAUGAUCCGCAAUUGUGAAAACUUUUAUUCUUUUUGCAUUUUAUUAUACACUUAUCACCAUUUCUACGAGUGCGGAUCAUGGUAUUGUAAUCUGUUCCUCUAAUCUUUUCACAAUCAUGACAAAUGCUGUAUUAAAUGUAUAGUUUCUGUCAUCUAAAGCACUUUAUUUUAAAAGAUGCAGAUGGAAGACCAAACUGAAAAGCCCCCAGUGUCUUGGCCAACCUCUCAGGCUCAUCUAACACUAACCAUCUUCUAAAAUUAACCCCCGUCUUC